ACUAUAGUUGUUCUUCUCGUUUGUCGUCUAUUUUUUUUUAAGAAAAUUAACGUGUUGGAGAUGAUUGAAUAUUUAUUGGAAUCUGUUAUGCUUCUUCAGCACUUCGCCGCAGCCGUUCAUACAUGAUUCUUUUCCUUGGCAGUGAGAUUUGUUUUUACGUGUAUCGAUCAGAAUAUCGAUUUUCAUACUCUAUUAACAUGAGAUGGAAGUAUCUGUAGUUAUCAACUGAAAUUUUAUAGGAAAAUUAGAAAUUCACAAAUGAAAAUCUCAAAGGAAGAAAGGAGUUAGUGACUACGGUGUUCUCAUGUUUGUGUUUGAAAGUUAGUGUCUAUACUGUUUUAGUGUUUUCCUUUGUUUUACUUUGCAUCAAAAGUCAUGAAUGUAGGUGUGUGAUGAUGUCUUUGUACUUUACAAGUAUGGAAGUCACAUUUUUGAGGUCAAUAAUUAAGGUAGUUGAUGUUGUUAUUUGAUGCUAUCUUUUUGUUCUCUUAGGCAAUUGGGUUGUUAAUAAGGAUGGAAGAUGUACCUCUUGAGAGACAAUACGAUUAUCGCUUCACUGCCGACUCUCCUUUGCCAGCAGGUUGAGGUGGCCUUCUUAAAUGCGAAGCCUCAAAAUCCUAAUGCUCUUAGCAAGGUUGCCUCGUAUACAGGGAAGAAGAGGGUUGUGAGUGAGUACAACAAGUCUUUAGACAAUGCUUAUAAGUCAUCUGUGCACCAAGGGCUAGCCACAGAAAUUGUUAGACAAAUAUUGCUUAUAAGAAUCUGGUGCUUAUAUGGUGGGAGAAUUGUUAGACAGAAAUUUAUGUGAUAUUUAUUAUAUUUGGAUGAUAAUGUAUGAAUAUUUUGGAUGUUAUAUAAUACUAUAUGUUAUUGA